AUGUCUGGUCUUGAGUACUGGGAUCUUAACGUGACAUAUGGAUACUAGAGAAUGAGAAAGCCUUGCCUGAGUGCACAGACAGAUUACACUAACUUUGUAUUCCUUCCCGUACGUGUGUGGCAUAUACAAUUCUGAUACUGUGAAUUAACUGAGGGAUAUGUGUGUGUGUGUGUAUGUAUAUGUAUCUACAGUGGGGAGAACAAGUAUUUGAUACACUGCCGAUUUUUGCAGGUUUUCCUACUUACAAAGCAUGUAGAGGUCUGUCAUUUUUAUCAUAGGUACACUUCAACUGUGAGAGACGGAAUCUAAAACAAAAAUACAGAAAAUCACAUUGUAUGAUUUUAAAGUAAUUAAUUUGCAUUUUAUUGCAUGACAUAAGUAUUUGAUCACCUACCAACCAGUAAGAAUUCCGGCUCUCACAGACCUGUUAGUUUUUCUUUAAGAAGCCCUCCUGUUCUCCACUCAUUACCUGUAUUAACUGCACCUGUUUGAACUCGUUACCUGUAUAAAAGACACCCGACCACACACUCAAUCAAACAGACUCCAACCUCUCCACAAUGGCCAAGACCAGAGAGCUGUGUAAGGACAUCAGGGAUAAAAUUGUAGACCUGCACAAGGCUGGGAUGGGCUACAGGACAAAAGGCAAGCAGCUUGGUGAGAAGGCAACAACUGUUGGCGCAAUUAUUAGAAAAUGGAAGAAGUUCAAGUUGACGGUCAAUCACCCUCAGUCUGGGGCUCCAUGCAAGAUCUCACCUCGUGGGGCAUCAAUGAUCAUGAGGAAGGUGAGGGAUCAGCCCAGAACUACACGGCAGGACCUGGUCAAUGACCUGAAGAGAGCUGGGACCACAGUCUCAAAGAAAACCAUUAGUAACACACUACGCCAUCAUGGAUUAAAAUCCUGCAGCGCACGCAAGGUCCCCCUGCUCAAGCCAGCGCAUGUCCAGGCCCGUCUGAAGUUUUCCAAUGACCAUCUGGAUGAUCCAGAGGAGGAAUGGGAGGUCAUGUGGUCUGAUGAGACAAAAAUAGAGCUUUUCGGUCUAAACUCCACUCGCCGUGUUUGGAGGAAGAAGAAGGAUGAGUACAACCCCAAGAACACCAUCCCAACUGUGAAGCAUGGAGGUGGAAACAUCAUUCUUUGGGGAUGCUUUUCUGCAAAGGGGACAGGACGACUGCACCAUAUUGAGGGGAGGAUGGAUGGGGCCAUGUAUCGCGAGAUCUUGGCCAACAACCUCCUUCCCUCAGUAAGAGCAUUGAAGAUGGGUCGUGGCUGGGUCUUCCAGCAUGACAACAACCCGAAACACACAGCCAGGGCAACUAAGGAGUGGCUCCGUAAGAAGCAUCUCAAGGUCCUGGAGUGGCCUAGCCAGUCUCCAGACCUGAACCCAAUAGAAAAUCUUUGGAGGGAGCUGAAAGUCCGUAUUGCCCAGCGACAGCCCCGAAACCUGAAGGAUCUGGAGAUGGUCUGUAUGGAGGAGUGGGCCAAAAUCCCUGCUGCAGUGUGUGCAAACCUGGUCAAGACCUACAGGAAACGUAUGAUCUCUGUAAUUGCAAACAAAGGUUUCUGUACCAAAUAUUAAGUUCUGCUUUUCUGAUGUAUCAAAUACUUAUGUCAUGCAAUAUAAUGCAAAUUAAUUACUUAAAAAUCAUACAAUGUGAUUUUCUGUAUUUUUAUAUAUAUAUAUAUACACACACACACAUACAGUGGGGAGAACAAGUAUUUGAUACACUGCCGAUUUUGCAGGUUUCCUACUUACAAAGCAUGUAGAGGUCUGUAAUUUCUAAUGUAACACCUAACACUAACAACUCUCUAAUCUGUUGUAGCAUUCUACUGGAUGAAGAGGGCCAUAUCAAACUCACAGGUAGGACACACACUACCAUAUACACUGAAUAUACCAAACAUUAAGAACACCUUCCUAAUAUUGAGUUGCACCCCCCCCCCCCCCUUUUGCCCUCAGAACAGCCUCAACUACCAUACCACUUAAAUCUUUUGUCUUGCCCCUUCACCCUCUGGAAGGCACACACACACAAUCCAUGUCUCAGUUGGCUUAAAAGUUAUUAUUUAACCUGUCUCCUCCCCUUCAUCUACACUGAUUGAAGUAGAUUUAACAAGUGACAUCAGUAAGGGAUCAAUCAAUCACAUCUAUUUAUAAAGCCCUUUUUUACAUAAGCAGAUGUCACAGUGCUUAUACAGAAACCAGCCUAAAACCCCAAACAGCAAGCAAUGUAGAAGCACGGUGGAUAGGAAAAACUCCCUAGAAAGGCGGGAACAUAUGAAGAAACCUAGAGAGGAAUCAGGCUCUGAGGGGUGGCCAGUCCUCUUCUGGCUGUGCCAGGUGGAGAUUAUAUGAGUACCGGUACAGGGCCAUUAAGGCCAGAUUGUUCUUCAAGAUGUUCAAACGUUCAUAGAUGAUCAGCAGGGUAAAAUAAUAAUCACAGUGGUUAUAGAGGGUGUAACAGGUCAGCACCUCAGGAAUAAAUGUCAGUUGGCUUUUCAUAGCCGAGCAUUCCGAGGUCGAGUGAGACUUGGCCAGUCUAUGUCAUGGAAAGAGCAGGUGUCCUUAAUGUUUUGUACACUCAGUGUAUAGAGAAUUAGGCCAGGUUCUAGAACAGUCACCCUGUUAGCCCCCAUAUAGAACUUUAUUCUUGAAGUGUUGGUGAUGUAACAAUAGGACAGAACCUCCGCUAGUUCCCUCUGAAAUGACCCCUGUAAACAAGCAAAACAGAGCAGCCAAUUUAAGACAUUUGUAUUGGUUAGCAUUCAGGAUAAUAAUAAUAUAAUAUAAUAAUAAUAUAAUAAUAAUAGUAAUAAUAAUAUGCCAUUUAGCAGACGCUUUUAUCCAAAGCGACAUACAGUCAUGCGUGCAUACAUUUUCUUGUGUAUGGGUGGUCCCGGGGUUCGAACCCACUACCUUGGCGUUACAAGCGCCGUGCUCUACCAGCUGAGCUACAGAGGACCAUAAUGUGCAUCCAUGUCUUUACUGUGUUGUAGUGUCAACAAAUUGCAUAUCUGCUUUCACUGGACAUCUUCAUAGUUUUCAAAACCUAUCAGAAAUACACAGCACGACACGGAAGCGUUCAUUAUCACUUAGGUAAUUAUCACAUAGUUCAUUAUCACUUAGUUAAUUGUCACUUAGUUCAUUAUCACUUAGCAACGGCUAUGGAGGAGAAAGUGGCGCUCUCGGAUCAUUCAACUGCAUUGGCCCAACUCUCUAUAUAUAUGGCACUACCCCCCCACACACACACUAACCCACUCCCCUCCCCCCGCACAUACGUCACUCUGCCUGUUCUCUCUUUCCACUUGGCCUACCCCAUUAGUCAGUGAGUCAGCACCACUCUUAUCUGUUCCUGUGUAGAUAACUGCUCUAUGCAUGGACCUGUAGAUCAGUGGUUCCUAACCAGGGAUACUAGGACCCCUGGGGGUACUUGGCCUAUCCACAGUGGAUACUAGGAUCCUGGGGGUACUUGGCCUAUCCACAGUGGAUACUAGGAUCCUGGGGGUACUUGGCCUAUCCACAAUGGAUACUAGGAUCCUGGGGGUACUUGGCCUAUCCACAAUGGAUACUAGGAUCCUGGGGGUACUUGGCCUAUCCACAAUGGAUACUAGGAUCCUGGGGGUACUUGGCCUAUCCACAAUGGAUACUAGGACCCUGGGGGUACGUGGCCUAUCCACAAUGGAUACUAGGAUCCUGGGGGUACUUGGCCUAUCCACAAUGGAUACUAGGAUCCUGGGGGUACUUGGCCUAUCCACAAUGGAUAUUAGGAUCCUGGGGGUACUUGGCCUACUGGUAAAAUACACGAGGGGUUCGUCAAGGGUACUCUGGGCAGACAAAAUUCUCUAGGGCUGAAAUGGCAUCCUCCUCCCUAAAAUAUAGUGCACUCCUUUUGAACAGGGCCCUCUAUAAUUACCCUCCAUAGGGAAUAGGGUGCCAUUGCGUACACACCCUGGACCCUAGUUGUAGGCUAUAGACUAGUUAUUAUAGUCAACCUCCUGGCCACGUCUGUAAAGCAUAGUGUAAAUCAUGUCUAUUCUUCCUCUCUGUCUGUGCCCGUCUGUCUACUGUGUGUGUUUAUGGUAGUACAGGUAAUUGUAUAGUAACUGACUUGUGGUGUCUUCUCCCCAGAUUUUGGCUUGUGUAAAGAGGCUGUUGACCACGAGAAGAAGGCCUACUCCUUCUGUGGAACGGUGGAGUACAUGGCACCAGAGGUGGUGAACAGGCAGGGCCACGUACAGAGCGCCGACUGGUGGUCGUUUGGGGUACUGAUGGUGAGUCAUUUCAUCUGUCAUUUGGGUCACAUUCAUUAGUGCACAACUUGGUAAAACGCUUUGCAACUGAAAAAUGAAAAUAAACGUUAGUUAUUGGACACAUUUAGGUCAUUUCUCCCUGUUUUAGUCUGUUUUCUUCCGUUUGGUGCAUAAUGAACACGACCCUCACAAUACAAACAAUCAAACAGACAUAAAUAUGAUGUGUGUUUGCGUCAGAGCCGUAGAAUUGCAUAUGAUAGGCAUGAGUGUUUUUUUUUUAAAGGUGGUGGUUGUAUUUGUUUGACAGUUUGAGAUGCUGACCGGAUCGCUGCCGUUCCAAGGGAAGGACCGCAAAGAGACCAUGAACCUCAUCCUGAAGUAAGGAGACGCUCUCACAAUACACUGUAGGUCACUUCUUUUGGCCAGUGAUAUAUAUACACAGUGCAUUCAGAAAGUAUUCAGAACACUUGACUCCACAUUUUGUUACGUUACAGCCUUAUUCUAAAAUGGAUUAAAUUGUUUUUUUCCCCCUCAUCAAUCUACCCAUAAUACCCCAUAAUGACAAUGCUAAAAAAAGUUUAUAUAAAUUGUUUAAAAAUUCAAAACUGAAAUAUGACAUUUACAUAAGUAUUCAGACCCUUUACUCAGUACUUUGCUGAAGCGCCUUUGGCAGCGAUUAUAGCCUCGAGCCUUCUUGGGUAUGACGCUACAAGCUUGGCACACCUAUAUUUGGGGAGUUUCUCCCGUUCUUCUCUGCAGAUCCUCUCAAGCUCUGUCAGGUUGGAUGGAGAGUGUCGCUGCACAGCUAUUUUCAGGUCUCUCCGAAGAUGUACGAUCAGGUUCAAGUCCGGGCUCUGGCUGGGCCACUCAAGGUCAUUCAGAGACUUGUCCCGAAGCCACUCAUGCGUUGUCUUAGCUAUGUGCUUAGGGUCAUUGUCCUGUUGGAAGGUGAACCUUCGCCCCAGUCUGAGGUCCUGAGCGCUCUGGAGCAGGUUUUCAUCAAGGAUCUCUCUGUACUUUGCUCCGUUCAUCUUUCCCUUGAUCCUGACUAGUCUCCCAGUCCAUGCCACUGAAAAACAUUCCCACAGUAUGAUGCUGCCACCACCAUGCUUCACCGUAGGGAUGGUGCCAGGUUUCCUCCAGGUGGGAUGCCAAAUAUUUCAAUAUUGGUUUCAUCAGACUAGAGAAUGUUGUUUCUUAUGGUCUGAGAGUCUUUUGGGUGCCUUUUGGCAAACUCCAAGCGGGCUGUCAUGUGCCUUUUACUGAGGAGUGGCUUCCGUCUGGCCACUCUACCAUAAAGGCUUGAUUGGUGUAGUGCUGGAGAGAUGGUUGUCCUUCUGGAAGGUUCUCCCGUCUCCACAAAGGAACUCUGGAGCUCUGUCAGAGUGACCAUCGGGUUCUUGGUCACCUCCCCGAUCAAGGCCCUUCUCCCCCGAUUGAUCAGUUUGGCCAGGCGGCCAGCUCUAGGAAGAGUCUUGGUUGUUCCAAACUUCUUCCAUUUAAGAAUGAUGGAGGCCACUGUUCUUGGGGGCCUUCAAUGCUGCAGAAAUUUUUUGGUACCCUUCCCCAGAUUUGUGCCUCGACACAAUCCUGUCUCGGAGCUCUACAGACAAUUCCUUCAACAUCAUGGGUUGGUUUUUGCUCUGACACACACUGUCAACUGUGGGACCUUAUAUAGACCGGUGUGUGCUUUUCAAAAUCAUGUCCAAUCAAUUGAAUUUACCACAGGUGGACUCCAAUCAAGUUGUAGAAACAUCUCAAGGAUGAUCACUGGAAACAAGAUGCACCUGAGCUCAAUUUCAAGUCUCAUAGCAAAGGGUCUGAAUACUUAUGUAAUUAAGGUAUUUCUGUUUUUUAUUUUUAAUACAUUUGCAAACAUUUCUUAAAGUCUGUUUUCACUUUGUCAUUAUGGGGUAUUGUGUGUAGAUUGACGAGGAACAUUUUCUAUUUAAUCCAUUUUAGAAUAAGGCUGUAACGUAACAAAAUAUGGAAAAGGUUGAGGGGUCUGAAUACUUUCCGAAUGCACUGUAAUUCACCACACUGGGCCCACAAUCACAGGCUAGAGUGUCUGUAGCAGUACUAUUUAUUUUGCCUGGCUAAACCAGCCUGAAUGCUGCGUUCCGGGAAACCAUGGUGAACGUUCAGCAGCGUUCAAUCUUGAUUUAACCAGGCUACUAUUUAUUAGCCUUCUGGAUUUAACAAUGUCUCCCCCUGCAGGGCAAGAUUGGGAAUGCCCCAGUUCCUGAGUUCAGAGGCUCAAAGUCUCCUACGAUCUCUGUUCAAGAGGAACCCCACCAACAGACUGGGUGAGUCGUCCAUAACUACAUGUACUUACCCACUAGCCAAUGACUAGCUAAUUACAGUGGUUACUCCACUAGGAGAGUCAUUACUGUGGUAUAAUAAGGCCUGUUUGAUAUUAAAGGGGCAAUCUGCAGUUGCUACAUCCAUUUUUUGGACUUAAUGAUAUGUAACUAUUGAUUCUUGAAGAAUAUAGCUUAUAAAUGCCUCAUGAGCUUAGUUCAACUGUCGUCCCCCAUCAAAACCCAAAAUAGAAGCUUCUUGUACUCCAAUGUUUGUAAACAAAGUCAAUGAAAAACCAACACUAUAUAGCCUCAUAACAUGGUUAAAACUAUCAUGUUUGAUGUCAUGGAUGGUCAGUCCUUGCGUCCAUAGAUCUGUUUAUGAAUUUGAGAGUGGGCGGGAAGUACGCUUUGAUUCAACUGCUGAUUGCCGCUUUAAGCAUAGAGCUUGUGCUGAUGUUGUAUGCAGUCAUCCAUACUAACAGUGUGAUUGUGUGGACAGGCUCGGGGGCGGAUGGUGCAGAGGAGAUCAAACGCCACACUUUCUUCUCCACCAUCGACUGGAAUGUGAGUGGGACCUCACCUCUGGCACUCAUCACACACUCCUAGUGUAGUCCUAUCAGGACUCAUUAUCAAUCUCAUCAUCCAAUUAGCAUUUUUAAAUGAAUAUUGCCAUAUGCUUCGGCAAUUCUCAAGGCUCCAUUCUUUUAAGCCUUUCAGAAACUCUUUUAACCCUUUCAGAAACUAUUUUAACCCUUUCAGAAACUGUUCCGGCGAGAGAUCCCGCCCCCGUUCAAGCCGGCGGUGGCCCGGCCAGACGACACCUUCUACUUCGACUCAGAGUUCACCUCCCGCACACCCAAAGGUAAGAGGUCAAAGUUGACAAGAGUAACUUGUCCUAGCGUGACAAGACAGACCAGGUCUGACUGAAUCUAACCAAACGUAGCAGGUGUAAAAAGCUGACUGAAUCUAACCUAACAUAGCAGGUGUAAAAAGCUGACUGAAUCUAACCUUACGUAGCAGGUGUAAAAAGCUGACUGAAUCUAACCUAACAUAGCAGGUGUAAAAAGCUGACUGAAUCUAACCUAACGUAGCAGGUGUAAAAAGCUGACUGAAUCUAACCUUACGUAGCAGGUGUAAAAAGCUGACUGAAUCUAACCUUACGUAGCAGGUGUAAAAAGCUGACUGAAUCUAACCUAACGUAGCAGGUGUCAAAAGCUGACUGAAUCUAACCUAACGUAGCAGGUGUCAAAAGCUGACUGAAUCUAACCAAACGUAGCAGGUGUAAAAAGCUGACUGAAUCUAACCAAACGUAGCAGGUGUAAAAAGCUGACUGAAUCUAACCUUACGUAGCAGGUGUAAAAAGCUGACUGAAUCUAACCUUACGUAGCAGGUGUAAAAAGCUGACUGAAUCUAACCUUACGUAGCAGGUGUAAAAAGCUGACUGAAUCUAACCUUACGUAACAGGUGUAAAAAGCUGACUGAAUCUAACCUUACGUAGCAGGUGUAAAAAGCUGACUGAAUCUAACCUUACGUAGCAGGUGUAAAAAGCUGACUGAAUCUAACCUAACGUAGCAGGUGUAAAAAGCUGACUGAAUCUAACCUAACAUAGCAGGUGUAAAAAAGACACCUGAGCGGAGUCCCCACUUCCGUUUUUCACGGGAAAAUACUGUAUCCCUGAAAACCAGAAACAUCUGCUUUUUACCAACUCCACUAAGGGUGGACUGAAUUAGACCACACUUUAUUCUAUCAAUGGUAAUGAAAGCAGUAACAAUCAUAAAACAGUUGGUACUUGUAAGCUGCUUACAUCUCCUUGGAGCACAGGGAGUGUUAUUGGUUUUACUCUUUAAGUUAGUGUAUUUAGGUGAAUGAAACCUUUUAUAAUGCCAUUUUGAAGUUUGUCAGCUAGUAACAGUUAGUCAAACUAUUACAUUUUUGACAAAAACAAAUACUCUUUUGCUCUCCUGUCUGUUUUUGAGUCUGUUUCAAGCGUGUGUAUGAUGUUGUAUUCUUACUCUGACCACCACAGACUCCCCAGGCGUUCCACCCAGUGCCGGAGCCCACCAGCUCUUCCGGGGCUUCAGCUUCGUCGCCCCGGCCAUGUUGGAUGAGGAGGGGGCCAAGGAGCUGGCCAAGCCCACACCACACCCAGUGGUCCAGGUCAGCAAUCCAUCACAGAGGGGAAAUUCCCACUAUUAAUAUAUAAAUAUAUAAUUAUAAUAUAUGCCAUUUAGCAGGUGCGUUCUUCUAAAGUGACUUGCAGUCAUGCGUGCAUUCAAACACUAACCAUCUCAUUUUCAUCUCUUACAUUAAUUUCUAUCAAAAACUAUAUCAUAUAGACAGUAAAAAGACAGAGAGCUGUCUGACAGCCAGAUGGUUCCCUCCCCAAGAUUUGUCUUUUGAAGGAGAACAUGCUCUUUCACUCUCUGACCACUAGAUGGCCAUAUUUAUCCGUCCUGCAGCACUGUGUGUCAAUCAGUAUAAUGUAAUGACCGUGUAAGCCAUACUUACUUAGGGCAGAUAAGGCUGUGGGUUUAGUGCUUGGUGGUUUUACACUGUGCAUGUUGAGGAGUAAGCCUCUAAUCCAGUUGAAUGGCUUGGUCUAAUACCAUCAGUAGGGAUGGAUGCUGUGGUUGAUUUGCCUCAACUGUGAUGGGGAGUGUGGUUGUGUCUGGGUGAGCUGGAUCUGUGAUCAUGGAAAGGGGUGUGUAUGUAGAUGAUUGUGUGGAUAAAUAAAUCAUAAUAAAUCAUAAUAGUAUAAUAUUCAAUACAUUGAUUGUUGUGUUUGUGAAGCGCUGUUGUAGACUGCAGUUCAAGCACUAAACUAUAGACUGGCGUGUGUGUAUGUGGUGUCUCCAUACAGCAACUCCAUGGGAAGAACGUGUUGUUCAGCGAUGGCUACAUGUUAAAGGAGGACAUUGGCAUGGGCUCUUUCUCUGUCUGCAAGCGCUGCGUCCACAAAGCCACCAACACAGAGUACGCCGCCAAGGUCAGAACACCCACUGUAACCUCCCUCUCUGGGUGUAUCACUCUCCCCAGUCCACCAAGUUCUUAUUCAUCCACAUUGUGGGGUGCUGAAUCCAUUCUAAUACAGUAGUUGGACAUGACUCUCUAAAAGAUACAUUUGAACAAAUCAUUUUGAUUGAUUAAGUCAGAUCUUUCUUUUGGAGAGUGAUUUCUCAUCUCUUGUCUGUCUCACACCAUCUCCACAUGGUCUCCUAAUGGAGGAUUAUAAUAGCGUCUUUCGGAUUAUUGUGUGCUGUCAGGUGAUUGACAAGACCAUGACAGACCCUUCAGAGGAGAUCGAGAUCCUGCUGAGAUACGGCCAGCACCCUAACAUCAUCACCCUGAAGGACGUGAGUACACACACACCGACACACGCUCACACACACACUCACACUCUCACACACACACACACACACACACACACAAACACUGAAUCAUCCAUCAUGUGUUCUGUCCAUCUGUCAGGUGUAUGACAAUGGGAAGCAGGUUUAUCUGGUGACAGAGCUGAUGCGAGGCGGGGAGCUGCUGGACCGGAUCCUCAAACAGAAGAUCUUCUCAGAGCGAGAAGCCAGCGCCGUGCUCCACACCAUCACCAAAACUGUAGAAUACCUCCACGUACAGGGGGUGAGACACUCAUCUACACACACACACACUGUAACAGACUGGUCGCUAUGGACUUAAUGGACUAUGUCUAAACAAGUGUGUUGAUAUUCCUUCAUAUUCUUAGUAUGGUUUUCUUUCUUGUUCUAAUAUGCUUACUUUAAAAUAUAUUUUACAAAUAUAUAUACGACCAACAGAUUAUCUCCAAACAGUUGAAGUAGAUUGUUUUUGCGUUCACAUUUGACCUUUACUAAUUCAUAAAUUGUCUUUCACCCUCCUCUCCACUCCUCUACUCCGCUCCUUCCCCUCUCCUCCUCUCCUUCUCCGCCUCCCAUCUAUUCCUCUCCUCUCUCUUCCUCCCCUACCCCCUCCUCUCUCCUCUCUCUUCCUCCCCUACCCCCUCCUCUCUCCUCUCUCUUCUUCCCCUACCCCCUCCUCUCUCCUCUCUAUUCCUCCCCUACCCCCUCCUCUCUAUUCCUCCCCUACCCCCUCCUCUCUCCUCCUCCUCUCCCCUCCUCUCUCCUCCUCUCUUACUCCCUUAACACCUCCUCUCUCCUCCUCUCUUCCUCCCCUAACCCCUCCUCUCUCCUCCUCUAUUCCUCCCUUACCACCUCCUCUAUUCCUCCCCUACCCCCUCCGCUCUGUUCCUCCCCUACCCCUCCUCUCCCCUCCUCUCCUCCUCUCCAGGUUGUCCACAGGGACCUAAAGCCCAGUAACAUCCUUUAUGUAGAUGAGUCGGGGAACCCGGAGUCUAUCCGGAUCUGUGACUUUGGUUUUGCCAAGCAGCUGAGAGCUGACAACGGCCUGCUGAUGACCCCAUGCUACACUGCUAACUUUGUAGCCCCGGAGGUAAGGCCCAGGAGAGAGUGUUUGUGAUGAUGAUGAUUCAUACGUACAUAGCGUUUAUCGAUGCCCCCUAUCGGACGCUAUAUCCCGGUUUUUAAGGGAAAAUAGUCAUAUACAUACAGUUGAAGUCGGAAGUUUACAUACAUACAUACAGUGGGGAGAACAAGUUUUUGAUACACUGCCGAUUUUGCAGGUUUUCCUACUUACAAAGCAUGUAGAGGUCUGUAAUUUUUAUCAUAGGUACACUUCAACUGUGAGAGACGGAAUCUAAAACAAAAAUCCAGAAAAUCACAUUGUAUGAUUUUUAAGUAAUUAAUUUGCAUUUUAUUGCAUGACAUAAGUAUUUGAUCACCUACCAACCAGUAAGAAUUCCGGCUCUCACAGACCUGUUAGCCAUCCUGUUCUCCACUCAUUACCUGUAUUAACUGCACCUGUUUGAACUCGUUACCUGUAUAAAAGACACCUGUCCACACACUCAAUCAAACAGACUCCAACCUCUUCAAGUUCAAGAUGACGGUCAAUCACCCUCGGUCUGGGGCUCCAUGCAAGAUCUCACCUCGUGGGGCAUCAAUGAUCAUGAGGAAGGUGAGGGAUCAGCCCAGAACUACACGGCUGGACCUGGUCAAUGACCUGAAGAGAGCUGGGACCACAGUCUCAAAGAAAACCAUUAGUAACACACUACGCCGUCAUGGAUUAAAAUCCUGCAGCGCACGCAAGGUCCCCCUGCUCAAGCCAGCGCAUGUCCAGGCCCGUCUGAAGUUUGCCAAUGACCAUCUGGAUGAUCCAGAGGAGGAAUGGAAGAAGGUCAUGCAGUCUGAUGAGACAAAAAUAGAGCUUUUCGGUCUAAACUCCACUCGCCGUGUUUGGAGGAAGAAGAAGGAUGAGUACAACCCCCAAGAACACCAUCCCAACCGUAAAGCAUGGAGGUGGAAACAUUAUUCUUUGGGGAUGCAAAAGGGACAGGACGACUGCACCGUAUUGAGGGGAGGAUGGAUGGGGCCAUGUAUCGCGAGAUCUUGGCCAACAACCUCCUUCCCUCAGUAAGAGCAUUGAAGAUGGGUCGUGGCUGGGUCUUCCAGCAUGACAACGACCCGAAACACACAGCCAGGGCAACUAAGGAGUGGCUCCGUAAGAAGCAUCUCAAGGUCCUGGAGUGGCCUAGCCAGUCUCCAGACCUGAACCCAAUAGAAAAUCUUUGGAGGGAGCUGAAAGUCCGUAUUGCCCAGCGACAGCCCCGAAACCUGAAGGAUCUGGAGAAGGUCUGGAUGGAGGAGUGGGCCAAAAUCCCUGCUGCAGUGUGUGCAAACCUGGUCAAGACCUACAAGAAACGUAUGAUCUUGUAAUUGCAAACAAAGGUUUCUGUACCAAAUAUUAAGUUCUGCUUUUCUGAUGUAUCAAAUGCUUAUGUCAUGCAAUAAAAUGCACAUUAAUUACUUAAAAAUCAUACAAUGUGAUUUUCAGGAUUUUUGUUUUAGAUUCCGUCUCUCACAGUUGAAGUGUACCUAUGAUAAAAAAUUACAGACCUCUACAUGCUUUGUAAGUAGGAAAACCUGAAAAAUCGGCAGUGUAUCAAAUACUUGUUCUCCCCACUGUAUAUGUGUGUGUGUGUGUGUAUAUAUAUAUAUAUAUAUGUAUAUGUGUGUGUGUGUGUGUGUGUGUGUGUGUGUGUGUGUAUAUGUAUGUGUAUAUAUGCACACAUGACUAAGUCGCUUUGGAUAAAAACGUUUGCUAAAUGGCAUAUUAUAUUAUAUUAUAUUAUUGGACAUCCUCCUCCUCUUCCCCGUUCCACCGCAUACAACUAAAGUGAAACCACUUGUUUUCACACUGGACCGAAGACGGUGUGUCCUCGUUGGUGGGAGGGAACUCCCUCUUGCGUUGGCCACACAAGGAACUGUGGAAAUUUACUUUUUAUUUUGUGGCCUGUUGCGAGAGAGCGCAUAUGGAUUUAAUAAACUGUGAUAGCUAGAUAAUGGUGAAGUCUUUACAUCAGUUGUAAAUCAGAUUCAAUGGUUAGAAAAUUAUACGCUUUUUACCGGUUGGCGUAGGAGGCAGAACUCGUGUCUUGCAUCCAGCUGGGGUGAUUGAGGAGGAGGCGGCGGCAGUGGUCCCAUCUGAGGAGAAAGUAAAAUGUUAGCUAGACUUGCCAUGUUUGAUCUUGACUGAGGCUCUAUCCGCAAAGGCCUGACUAUAACAGCCUUUUGUCCUUCACUUCCACCAGUGCGGCAACCAUGGCCUCUUGGCAGUAAAGUUUCCUUAUCUUCUUGGGGGGGUUUCUCAAUGUGCUAAUGUUUGGCAUGAUGUCCUGGAAAAUAAGACAAUAUGAUGGUUAUGAUGUGAUUUUAUAUGUGUCUGUAUAAUUUAAUUAACUACACCUUUAAUUCAAGACCAUCUAGCUAGCUGGCUAAUAAUAUAAUAUGGCUAGUGUGAUGUAAUGGGGUUGAAGGAAAACUGAUGUUUAUGGUUAGGUUCUAGUUAUGUGGGCAGAGUCUUGUCAUGACGGUCAAUCAGCCUCGGUCAUUGCCUUGUCAUCAAAUAUAUACAGUGCAUUCAGAAAGUAUUCAGACCCCUUGACUUUUUCCACAUUUUGUUAUGUUAUAGCCUUAUUCUAAAAUUGAUUAAAUUGUUUGUUUUCCUCAUCAAUCUACACACAAUACCCCAUAAUGACAAAGCAAAAACACAUAUUUUUUUACUCACAUUUACAUAAGUAUUCAGACCCUUUACUCAGUUCUUUGUUGAAGCACCUUUGGCAACGAUUACAGCCUCGAGUCUUCUUGAGUAUGACUACAAGCUUGGCACACCUGUAUCUGUCAGGUUGGAUGGUGAGCGUCGCUGCACAGCUAUUUUCAGGUCUCUCCAGAGAUGUUCGAUCAAGUUCAAGUCUGGGCUCUGGCUAGGCCACUUAAGGACAUUCAGAGACUUGUCCCGAAGCCACUUCUGCGUUGUCUUGGCUGUGUGCUUAGGGUCAUUGUCCUGUUGGAAGGUGAACCCCAGUCUGAGGUCUGGAGCAGGUUUUCAUCAAGGAUCUCUCUGUACUUUGCUCCGUUCAUCUUUCCCUCGAUCCUGACUAGUCUCCCAGUCCCUGCCGCUGAAAAACAUCCCCCGCAGCAUGAUGCUGCCACCACCAUGCUUCACUGUAGGGAUGGUGCCAAGUUUCCUCCAGACGUGAUGCUUGGCAUUCAGGCCAAAGAGUUACAUCUUGGUUUCAUUAGAUCAGAGAACCUUGUUUCUCAUGGUCUGAGAGUCCUUUAGAUGUUAUUUUGGGAAACUCCAAGCGGGCUGUCAUGUGCCUUUUUACUGAGGAGUGGCUUCCGUCUGGCCACUCUACCAUAAAGGCCUGAUUGGUGGAGUGCUGAAGAGAUGGUUGUCCUUCUGGAAGGUUCUCCCAUCUCCACAGAGGAGCUCUGGGGCUUUGUCAGAGGGUUCUUGGUCACCUCCCUGACCAAGGCCCUUCUCCCCUGAUUGUGCAGUUUGGCCGGGCGGCCAGGUCUAGGAAGAGUCUUGGUGGUUCCAAACUUCUUCAAUUUAAGAAUAAUGGAGGCCACUGUGUUCUUGGGGGCCUUCAAUGGUGCAAAUCUGCGGACUAUUCCUUCGACCUCAUGGCUUGGUUUUUGCUCUGACAUUCCCUGUCAACUGUGGGACCUUAUAUAGACAGUUGUGUGCCUUUCCAAAUCAUGUCCAAUCAAUAGAAUUUUCCACAGGUGGACUCCAAUCAAGUUGUAGAAACAUCUCAAGGAUGAUCAAUGGAAACAGGAUGCACCUGAGCUACAUUUUGAGUCUCAUAGCAAAGGGUCUGAAUACUUAAAGCCUGUUUUCGCUUUGUCAUUAUUGUGUGUAGUGUAUAAUGUUUUAUUUAAUCAAUUUCAGAAUCCAAUGUAGAAAAAGGGAAGGGGUCUGAAUACUUUCCGAUUGCACUGUAUGGUCUAGCAAUCAAUUGGUGGUCUAAUCCCACGAAGGGGGCGAGCAAAUUCUUUAUAGUUUGUUUACAAACGCGUUUCUCUGAGCAUUCCCCAUAGCAAACAACGUCAUUGAGAAACAUGGCAAUGUUUGACCCUCAACCCGGUCCAUGGCACUGUGAUGACACAAUAAAUCCCUCCCCUCACUCUUUCUUCACAAGAUGGCGAUUUCAGAAAUGUAUUGAAUGCCCCUCCAAGCCAUCAGAGACCUGAAAGACAGUUAAUUGUUUCAAGAGAAAGUUUCACCUGAGGUCGAUUUCACGGGACCUACCGUUUUUGAUGUUGCGGUGUUCUAAUUUCGCGGGAAAUAGGAGAAAGCCGCAUCACCAAGGGGGUGUGUCCGUCCAUGAGCUCUGUCCGAUAGGGGGGCAUCGAUGGGCUAGCAUCCUUGUCAAAGUCGAAGCACUAUUUCCUUUGGGUGUAUAGCUCUACCCAGGUGAUGCAUGGUGGACGGUGUUGUGACAUAAUGCUGUGUGUGUUCUAGGUGUUAAAGCGUCAGGGCUAUGACGAGGGCUGUGACAUAUGGAGUCUGGGUGUGUUGUUGUAUACCAUGCUGGCUGGGUAAGGAACACACACACACUACAUGCUAAUCAUACAGCUGUGCACUGUAUUCCAACAAAAUGUAAUGUUCUCACUCACUUACCCAUUCAUUCUCAUUUGACUUGUCCUCUGUGCUCCCUCUCUCCCUCCCUCCCCCUCUCCCUCAGCUUCACGCCGUUUGCCAACGGGCCCGAGGACACUCCAGAUGAGAUCCUGAGCAGGAUAGGCAGCGGUCACUUCACCCUGACAGGAGGCAACUGGGACGCCGUGUCGGACGCAGCCAAGGUACCGUAGGACUGACUUGCUGAGUGACUUCACUUUUCACAUGAUCGUGCCGACCUGAACCGUACUGUGCUGGCUUGUAUAUUUUAUUUUCACACUAUUGUGAAAUGAAACAAUGGCUAAAUGUAUUUCGGUUUGGAUUUCAAGGAUAGAGGGACAGUAUAUAAUAUAAAACUCAUCUAACCAUUGAUUUCUUCCUCCCUGCUGUGUCUCUAUAGGACCUGGUGUCUAAGAUGCUUCAUGUGGACCCCCACCAGCGGCUGACUGCCAUGCAGGUCCUCAAGCACCCCUGGAUCGUCCAGAGGGACAAGCUGUCCAACAGCCAGCUGCAGCACCAGGACGCCAAGCUGGUCAAGGUACUGGACUCAUACAAUACUUUACACCAGUGGUCACCAAACGGGUCGAUCGCGAUUGACUGGUCGAUCGUCAGUUGUCUUGAAAACACCAUGACCAUCAGAUGCAGGUACCAUCAGUCCAGUAAAUAAAAUAAAAUAUUUCAAUUUAUGCUCAGCUGUGCUUUCCAUGGCCGAGCAGCCGCACACAAGCCUAAGAUCACCAUGCGCAAUGCCAAGCGUUGGCUGGAGUGGUGUAAAGCUCGCUGCCAUUGGACCCUGGAGCAGUGGAAACGCGUUCUCUGGCGUGAUGAAUCACGCUUCACCAUCUGGCAGUCCGACGGACGAAUCUGGGUUUGGCGGAUGCCAGGAGAACGCUACCUGCCCGAAUGCAUGGUGCCAACUGUAAAGUUUGGUGGAGGAGGAAUAAUGGUCUGGGGCUGUUUUUCAUGGUUCGGGCUAGGCCCCUUAGUUCCAAUGAAGGGAAAUCUUAACGCUACAGCAUACAAUGACAUUCUAGAUUAUUCUGUAAUUCCAACUUUUGGAAACAGUUUGGGAAGGCCCUUUCCUGUUUCAGCAUGACAAUGUCCCCAUGCACAAAGCGAGGUCCAUACAGAAAGGGUUUGUCGAUUGGUGUGGAAGAACUUGACUGGCCUGCACAGAGCCCUGAUCUCCACCCAAUCGAACACCUUUCGGAUUAAUUGGAACGCCGACUGCAAGCCAGGCCUAAUCGGCCAACAUCAGUGCCCGACCUCACUAAUGCUCAUGUGGCUGAAUGGAAGCAAGUCCCCGCAACAAUGUUCCAACAUCUAGUGGAAAGCCUUCCCAGAAGAGUGGAGGCUGUUAUAGCAGCAAAGGGGGGACCAACACCAUAUUAAUGGCCAUGAUUUUGCAAUGAGAUGUUUGACGAGCAUGUGUCCACAUACUUUUGGCCAUGUAGCGUAUUUCUAGUCAGUGCAGUGCGACUUGACUUUUUAAUACCUGCUACUGUGUCUCUGUCCUCCAAACUGGUGUCUUAACGUUGCACUACCUCUUCUCUUCCCACAGGGGGCGAUGGCGGCAACCUACUCUGCCUUGAAGAGCUCCCAGCCCACCCCGGAGCUCAAGCCCAUCGAGUCGUCCUUCCUGGCCCAGCGACGUGUGAAGAAGCUCCCCUCCACCUCUCUUUAG